AUUCACAUGACUUUUAUGUAUUUAAAAGGUAUGAAAUCAGUAAAUGAUGCACUUUUAAUUCCAUGCAUCUUCACUGCAUUAUGUCUGCAGCAAGUAUUUUAGUUUUCCUCGGGGUUUCAUUAUUUUCGUCCUCUGAUACUUCCCUGAGUGUUGAACGACCCAACAUUCUUUUCAUCGUCGCGGACGACUACGGCUGGAAUGAUGUAGGAUUCCGAAAUCCCGACGUUAUCACCCCAAACAUCGAUAAACUGGCCCGCAGCGGUAUGAUUCUGAAUUCCUCGUAUGUAAUGCCAGUUUGUUCACCGUCUAGAAACUCAUUUAUGACUGGCCAUUACGCCUUCAAGUCUGGUCUCCAGCACAUUGUGAUCAAACCCCAGCAGCCUGUCUGCUCACCUCUGAACUACACUUUCUUACCACAGAAGCUCAAAGAGCUAGGAUACGCCACACACGCAUUAGGAAAGUGGCACCUUGGAUUUUGUAGUUGGGAGUGUACCCCCACUUAUAGAGGUUUUGACACGUUCUAUGGAUUUUACAAUGGCAAGGAGGACUACUAUCAGCUUACUAUCGCUGGCGGAAAAGACUUCAGAGACAACAAAACACCUGUAAAUGCGACGGGGGAGUACUCUGCACACAUGUAUGCAAGACGGGCAGAAUCGAUCAUUAAGGACCAUAAUGCCAGUGACCCGCUGUACAUAUAUCUACCAUUCCAAUCCGUACAUCAACCUCUUCAGGUUCCGGAGAUGUACAGCAACCAGUACCCGAACGUCAAGACAGAGUCACGAAAGACGUACCUGGGUAUGGUAACGGCCAUGGACGAAGCCAUCGGAAAUAUUACAAAAGCUCUAGAGGCUAAAGGAAUCUUCGACAACACCCUGGUGAUAUUUACAUCCGACAAUGGAGGUUGGGUGUCAUACGCCGGAAAUAACUACCCAUUGAGGGGAGGUAAGACCACGUUGUUUGAGGGAGGUACCAGAGCCACUGCCUUUGUGUCCGGGGCCGGGAUACUGAAACACAAUUCCAUCUACGAUGGAAUAAUCCAUGCAGUAGACUGGAUGCCCACAGUCCUCAGCGCGGCCGGUGGGACACCAGAUCCGAAUCUCGAUGGCAUUGAUCAGUGGGAGAGUCUAAAAACGGGAGGGGUGUCCAAAAGAACAGAAUUCAUAUACAACAUUGACGAUAUGCAGCCGGAGAUUUGCGGCCAUGCUGCUAUAAGAAUGGGUGAUUAUAAAUUGAUAGACGGUUACCCAGGGUAUUAUCAGGACUGGUACAAACCCGAUCAAGUGGAACAGAGUUACUAUGGUGAUACACCUGUCAAUGCCACACAGCUUUUCGCUGACAAAAUGAUGCUCUUUAACCUAAAAGACGAUCCAAACGAACGUGUCGAUUUAUCCAAAAAGCUACCAGAUGUGGUAUCAAAACUGAAAUCGAGGCUUGAAGAAUAUCACAAUUUGAUCGUUCCAGCCAAUUUUCCACCGCCCUCCAAAGCCUCAGCUCCACAGAAUUUCAACGGAUUUUGGACACCAGGAUGGUGCUGAAUAAACAAUUCUUUGUUAGUUUCAUAAAAAGACUCUGUUUGUUAUCUUCACCUUCCAUAUUAUAUUGUCGUUAUAACGAUCUAGUUCGUGAAUACAACCUAUCAUUGGGUCAAAUGCUGUUUGACGUGUUUCAUACCGUUUGUUAAGCCGUUCUUGGCACACUGAUUUUGACUGCGGAUAGUUCCAUUUACCGAUAGGAUAUAGGGCUCACGGCGGGUGUGACCGGUCGACAGGGGAUGCUUACUCCUCCUAAGCACCUGAUCCCAUCUCUGGUGUGUCCGGGGAUCCGUGUUUGUCCAACUAUCUAUUUUGUAUUGUUUGUAGGAGUUAUGAGAUUGAUCACUGUUCGUUAUCUUCACCUUUCAUAUAAAAAUAUGUCACAAUGAUUAAAAUGAUAUUUUGUU